UGCCUUAUCCUUUCCUCAGCUGUAGAGAAGAUGAAAGACUCAUUACGAUCAGGUGAGGAGUCCAUCAGCACUUUAGGCCUGAUCCUAGGAGUGGGGCUAUCACUGCUGUUAGUGUCCAUUCUUGGCUACAGUCUGGCCAAGUGGUACCAACACGGAUACUGCUGGGAGGGGCCCAACUUUGUGUUUAACCUGUAUCAGAUCCGCAACCUGAAAUCCGGGGAGCUGGAGCUGGGUCCUCCCUUCACUAUCAGUGGCCACCUCAGCCACACCGAAGGUGGCUAUAAGCACUUCUAUGACAGACCAGUCUGACGCAGGGGGAAUUCCCCCCUCUCCUCCCCCCCCGGUUCAGGGACGCGUGAGAGGAAGAAGCUCAUGUCUUGCUACUGUCCUUGUUUGGGGUUCGCCUCUCUCCUCAGCCCUCCAGCUCCCUAUGGCUAUAGGGGAAUGGCCCUGGUGCUCCUCACUGGGGGAUAUGAGAAGUCAAUCCUCUCUGGAUCAGCUUGAAGGAGGAGUUGGGUCUUCUGACAGUGUGAUGUUGCUAGAGCUAAAGAGAAGACAUCUGCCCCUAGAGAGAAUGGGUACCCCAUGGAAGAACUGAGGAUCUGCAGUGAUUCUUUUGGUGAAUUCAGCCCACCUUUGAGUCAAUAAACUCUAGCUUGACG